AUGCGCCCGACUACGGUCGUCCCUCGGAGCGCGGCCUUGCGGCCCCUCUGGCCGUCUCAAGCUCACGCAUCCCGUCUUCCAUGGAUGCCCGCGUCGGUCCGCUAUGUUUCUAUCGAUAAUCGCUCAACCUCCGACUCUUACUCCAACCGAUCGUCACUAUCCUUUCCUUCCUCCUCCAACCUACUGUACAAUGUGCCAUCCGGGCUAUCUACUUCUGCCAAGCCAUUCUCAACAUCGUCGUCAUUAUCCGAUGCCGAUUGGGACCACAACCCCAAUCUCUCUAUUUCAAACUUUUCCGAACUGCCAUCGAAGGAUUUCGGCGUCAAUCAACACAUGAUCAUAAACCAGGAGUUCAAGGAAGCUCUGCGCCAGAUUCUUUGGCAAUUCAGGGCACCCAUCCGAUAUGCAUUCGCCUAUGGCUCAGGUGUCUUCACUCAGACUGGAGCAGCCUCCCCUAUCUCUACGCACCCAUCGGCACCGGCAGCGAUCAAGAAUAUGCAGCAGGGCUCUGGCAAGAUGAUUGAUUUCAUUUUUGGCGUUUCAUACUCCCAACAUUGGCACUCUUUGAACCUCGGUCAACAUCGCGACCAUUACUCCGGAUUAGGCUCACUUGGAUCAUACAUGGUGUCUCAAGUCCAAGACCGGUUCGGCGCUGGGGUUUACUUCAACACCCAUAUCACGGUAAACGGAACCUUGAUCAAGUACGGCGUGGUAAACCUGGACACAUUAUGCACGGAUCUCACACAAUGGAACACACUUUACCUCGCAGGUCGAUUGCAUAAGCCGGUCAAGAUUCUUCGCGAUCACCCCAAGGUGCGCCUGGCCAAUCAGAUGAAUCUGCUUUCUGCUCUUCGUGUGGCUUUGCUGCUUCUCCCCGAGCGAUUCAGCGAAUUCGAGCUUUACAGCACUAUCGCCGGUAUCAGUUACAUGGGCGACUUGCGCAUGGUUCUCCCAGCGGAAGAUCCUGGUAAAGUGCGCAACAUUGUCUCUGGGCAGAUGGCACACUUCCGCAGACUAUAUGCACCGCUCAUCGAAAACCUUCCCAAUGUGACCUUCAAGGAUCCUCGCUGCAGCCAGAGUGACUGGAUCGAUGACCCGGAUGCUAUAUUGGCCAUGGCGCAGGAUAUGGACCCCGUCAAGCGCGGAAACAUGGUCCGUCGGCUGCCAGACUCGUUCCGUGAGAAGGUUUAUUUCCAGUACCAGUCGCGCUAUGGGAUUCCUCGGGCUGAAUUCAACAAGAUGAUGGCGGAAAACAAUGAUAACCAGGAGAUCGUCCGACGACCCCAGGGUGGUCCAUUCGAACGACGGAUUGCUAGCGAUACAAAUCUUCAAGAGGAGGUGUCAACUUCGAUCAUGAAGACAAUUCGCUGGCCAAGUACUGUCCAGACCAUCAAGGGACCUCUCACCGCUGGCGUACGCAAGAGCUGGAACUAUCUCAUGGAGAAGCGCGAGAAACACAAGAAGUCUCAAGCCCAAUUGAAGCAUCUCGCGCAAGCGACUCCCCCACCUCCGGCUGAAAAGGGAGACACAAAGAAAGACUAA